AGACCAAGAGGAAGAUUAGGCUUGCAGUCAUCCAUUCAUUUUAUCACCCGAGGCCCAGGGCAGGUAGAUCUUGUGACUGGGAGGAAAGUGUGACAGUUGUUAUUGUGUUCAAGCUGGAGGGAUUUAGGCAGAGCCAUGGGGUUAAAGGCUAGAGGAGUGGAGGUCUUAGGAUGGGAAGGUAAUGAAGCUAGAUGAGUGGUCAUGUAUGUACUAUUUGGGUAGAAGAAAGACUGAAGGUGGGAAGGAUGGGAAAUAGGGGAAGAUGAGGUAAUGGAUUUUGGGAGCUCAUUAUAUAGAAGAAUGGGGGGGAAACAAAUGAUUCGGAAGUAGGUUUUGAAAAUUAUAUUGGAUUAUUUGGAGAAGCACUGAAGCAUGAAGGGUAGUAGUCAACUAAGUUUUCUCAAAGGAGCGUCUCCACCGCCAUCAUCCAGCCCAGACACUGAGGUCUAGCGCCGAGAGCCUUCUGGCAGUUCUCUCACUGAGAGAAGUGCGGUUACAGGGAACCAGGCAGAGGGCCUUCUCGGUAGUGGUACCUGCCCUGUGGAACACCCUCCCAUCACAUGUCAAGGAAAUAAACAACUAUCUGACUUUUAUUUUUAUUUUUUAUAAUAUUUUUUAUUGCAUUUUUCCAGAUAGAAAUACAAGGUCAGAUAUACAAAGAAAUAACAGAAAAGAAAAAGAAAAAGAAGAAACUCAUCUUUUCAAAGCAUUUUUCCAUAACCAACCGGACUUCCCCCCGUCCCCCUCACCUUGCGUUCUUUACAAUAAAAUUUUUCAGCAAAUUAUAA